ACUCAUGAGAUACCAUUGUGGGAAAGCCUAGAAUUUUCGCAGCCAAGUAUUGGGGGUGAAACUGUCAUAUUUCAUACUCGGCGAGGUCAAAAGAAAAUUUUCACCAAAAUAAGGGGUAAAGAUCAAAUUUCGCUAAAAUUAGGAAUCCGCAGUCACCCGAAAUCCGAAUGAAACUUGCGAUUACUAGGCAGUAGGGUUUAAGGGUUUAUGUUUUGCCUAAGGCUCUGAGGGACGGAGGGAUCAGGCAUGGCGAUUAGGGCCGGGCUGGUGAGACGAUUCCUAUCCACGUCAAUCUUUUCUUCCGAAUUCAAACUGCCUGCUGCUGCAACUGCUGCCUCUGCUGAUAAGCCUGAGCCUUCUCCUUCGCCGACCAUCUUCGUCUCAGGGCUGAAUAAGAGAACCACAUCAGAGAAACUUCGUGAAGCAUUCUCUAAAUUCGGUGACGUUAUUAAUGCUAAGGUUGUGACAGAUCGUGUUUCUGGGUAUUCAAAAGGCUUUGGGUUUGUGACUUUUGCCAACUUAGAAGAAGCCAUAGAAGGAAAGAAGGAAAUGGAUGCAAAAUUCAUCGAUGGAUGGGUAGUUUUCACAGAGUAUGCGCGGCCUAAACCAACCCCAGGGCAGUCGGGACAGUCUGCAGUUCGAGAUACUUUUCCAUUUAACAGACGAUGAUGUCAAAUUGAACUUAACAAGCAAAUUUUAACGUGCUUGUGGUUGCAUCUCAGAAAGGUGAAACUGCUCCCUGUUGUGAACAUUGAUACAGCUUAAAAGGAUGCUCUGAAUGGUAUUGAAAUGCCUCUUGUUGUUUCAUUUUCUCAAUUAUACCCCUCUUAUUCGUGGAAUUCAAUAUUACAUUUAUUUGGGAGUAAAUCCAUUGUGCUAUUUUAAAUUAUAAAUUCUGCUUCUGGAAA